UAACGCACGACAUCCCACGAGACUUUCCGCACUUGUUUUGCGUUUUAUAUAUAUAUAUAUAUAUAUAUAUAAAAAUAUAUAUCCAUGUAUUUGUGCUUACAAAUGGGAGGAAAAGAAGUGAAAUACAGGUACCCGAUGAAUCGAGUGAAGUAACGAAGUAGGCUGUACUUGUGUUUGGUGACUUCCCACACAGCUGUUGUCAAUGAAUGGGCAUCCCACCCCUCAACUGCGCUGCCACAGUGCGUAAAAAGGCGCGUUGACCUACGGCGGGCGGGCGGCCAGCGGAUGAACUUCUCCCAACUAUGUCACGGCUUCACGCAUGAGACGCUUUUGCGACGACGCGCUCGCUUGCGAAAGCGUCAGCUCCAGAUGUCCGCGCAUCGGAAGGAAACACGCAGCCACCCGCGACGGGAGUGACUCACGCGUUCGAGUGCUCGAAUAAGCGGUCGCCGGUGCGGACGGGGAGAUUUGUGACUGCGCGGGGUUAUCGGGCUCCUUUGUGCUCCUACUUAAAAGCCCGAGCUGCGCGCUUUUGAUGGGGCGCAGAGGCGUUGAGCCGCAGCUGCUGAUCCAUAUGGAGAACGCGCGUGCGCAUCUUCAUCGAGCGCCACACUUUUGGCUCGCCUCAAACGCCCUUUAGCUUCAAAGUGCUCCGCGAGUGUCGCACAGCGAGCGCACGGCGAGCUCAGCGGCAGGGAAGAGGCCUCGCAAAACUUGACUUUGGGACAUUUUCACGAGAGCCUUGUCCGCGAAGAAGAUGCGUCAGGAGGUCGCGAGGAGACUUCACAUGUCGCUUGUCAUGUUCUCCAUGCUGCUGCUCGGCUUGGCCUCGGGAUUCCCGAGCAGACACAGGAACGCUGCUCACAAGGGUGACGGCCACCCAGUUCACAGCGGAGGCAUCCAGUAUGACCCCGACGCCUCGGAGAAGCAGAACCAGGUGCAGAGUGUGCCGGAGCCCCACAGCCAUCAGAGAAAGUGGCCCCACCCUCAGCACCGCUCCGUUGGGGUACUUCCUCAGCCAGAACCCGAGGAGGAGACUGAGCCCUUCAUCCUGGAUUUGAAGAACUUCCCAGACCUGGCUAACGCUGAUUUGAACUCUCAGAACCCCAACAUACAGGUCACCAUCGAGGUGGUGGAUGACCCUCAGAUGGAGGUCGAGAUGGACCUGGCCGAGGACAGCGACUGGAUACCAUCCUCUUCCUCCUCUCCCUCUUCCUCAGUCGAUUGGCUGGGAGGAAAGAAGCUUUUCUGGCCGCUUUUCUGGAGUUACACCGACUCCAGCGAGGACGCCAACAGCCGCUCAACCGUAGAAGAAACCAGCGAGGAAGAGGAGGACGAUUAUUCUCUCUACGGCAGCGAGGAGCCCUCGCUCAGCGGCGUGGGUGGGGAUUGGGGUAGUUACUGGAACGAAGGCUGGGAUCCUAUACAGACCUACUAUGAGAAGGAGGAUGACGAGUGGACUCCGUGGUCUCCUUGUUCGGUCACGUGUGGGCCUGGUGAGAGGAAGAGAACAAAGUCAUGUGGCUACUCUUGUACUCUGACAGAAGCCUCGAAGUGUGACCCGGAGCCUUGUCCUGGUGAAGUCAACGCUGUGGUAGAGCCUUUCCCUUUCGACAUGGAAAACGGCACAGAGCCAUUUGGAACAGAUGUGGACAGCUGUGAAAAGUGGCUGAACUGCAAGAGCGACUUUCUCCAGCGGUACCUGCGCCAGGUGUUCUUGGAGCUGCCCAGCUGCCCUUGCUCCUUCCCCUCCGCGGUGGCGUACACGGUGGUCAGCGUCUACGACGACUCUCACGGCCAGACGUUCCGAUGGCGCGACGCCAGCGGCCCCAAGGAGCGCCUCGACAUCUACAAGCCGUCGGCCCGCGGCUGCAUCCGCUCGGCGCUCUCCGGCGACUCGUCCACGCUGGCGGCGCAGCACUGUUGCUACGACGACCGCGGGCGGCUCAUCACGAGGGGGAAAGGCGCCGGCAUGCCCGACUUGAUCAGCACCGAGUUCUCGCCAGAGCUGCACUUCAAAGUGGACGUGCUGCCCUGGAUCCUGUGCAAGGGGGACUGGAGCCGCUUCCACGCCGUGCGACCGCCCAACAACGGCCUGGAGUGUCCGGACAACCCUCAUGAAGACGUGUUCAUGAAUGAAUUGGAGGAGGCCAGGGAGUACUGACGGCCUACCUUUAAAAGUCAUGUACAAUUUGUCUCAAGCAUGCGGCAGCCAUUUAUCAUGCAUUACCAAGAGAAAACCUUCCCCAAUCUCCUCACACCAACCAGGCUCCAGUGAAGGAAGUCACUGGCACAAAUGACAGAAAACACAAAAUUGGAGCUCCUUGUAUUCGGUUUUGUACCUGCUAGCGUCUUUCGUGGUGUCUAAAAAGGACUACAAGAACCUGAUUGUGCUCGGUUUAGUUUUGGCACAAGGGAAUGUAGACGUACAGGCUGGUUAUACUCACAAUGAUGCUGCUACACACUUAAACGAAAUAUACAGUAAAUUAGGUAUACAGGAAAGGGCUCUAGUUUCGAAGACGGCGGAGUGCAAAAACUGUGGCAUAUCUGUGCAAGGCUCGCUGCGUGUGUUCGCCAAUUUGGCAGAACGGUCCGCAAAGAGCUGGACUUUGCGCCGCAGUGAGGGUCCUCGGGCUUGCGCACGGCAGAGUGACAAUUUGGUGGCAGAAAGCAGGUAGACCGCUGGUACAAUGCGAUUUUGGUGAAUUUGAUCGGGGCAGAGGCAGACAGAUUCUGAGCUUCGCGGACAUUUCUGUUGGAUGACAGAUGUAAUCCAUUCAUAAAUAUGUGAACAGCAGGCAUCAAACUCUCUGAAUCAUUGUAGAAAUCAAUUCAUUGAACGUAUUAAGACUAUCAUAAUUAUAUUUUUUUUAAAUCAUCCCUCUGACCUGGGGGGCCCAAAAUUCACAUCCUUCGCCCGUGGAGAUCUUGCAGUUCCGUAUAAACGUAACACUGGGGAACAAUUUGAAAAAAAUAAUUGUUGCUAGAUUUUUAUGCUGAUUGAAACUAAAAUUGGCAUCCUGAUUCCAAAAUUGCAGUCAGUUUUUUUUCUCGCACGUCAUGCUUACCCACCAGAUGAGCAAAAUUCCACUGAUUAGCUGUAGUAAGACUUGCCAGCUGAUUACGAUUGGACUCGUCUACAGCUACGUGGCAACUUGUUUGUGCAGUCACAAUUGAGUCGGUGCGGUGGGAGGUGCGUGCAGUUCCCAAUAGGUCAGUACUAUCAAUAUCUGCAAACAGAAAGCUAGCAUAGUAGGAAUUGAGAGGAUUUGUGCCAUAUCCUUUGUAAAACAUAAUCGUGUUAAAUAAACACUGCAGUCAUGCCUGUUUCUUUCAUAUUUCAUUUUCUGUCAAUAUUUGAAAAGUUUUAUAAAACAAGCACAUAUCUGUGAAGUACAGUUUUUCGUAUUUUUUUUAGAAAACUGGGAUCUCUACUUCAAAAACUUGAUGUGAUAGAGAACAACUGAGAUCAGUUUUGGAUUCUGCACCCAAAAAUGAGUUAAAAGCAGCUGUCAGACCUAACUCAACAAAAAUCGUGUUCCCCAGCGUUGUGUGCGUCGACCACCCGGACUCGAGAAAAUCUGUUUCCUCUUCUGCCAUGUCAAAAACUGGCAGUGCGCUUCUUCCGCGCCCCGUUUAAAGGGAAUGAGAUGACCCGCUCUGAUAGGACAGUAUUGAAGUCUGCUGUGAUCACGCCAACGUCAGCGCAGCAAAUGCGCCGGGCUGCGCCGGUCCACGAAAUGACCAACUCUGGGUUUAACGUGCCUCCGCACAGUUAGGCCAUGUGCCGCGCAGGAUUUAUGCCAUUCACGAAAAUAGAGCCCAUAGUCUCAUUUUUAAAUCACUUUGAAUCAGGAGAUGAAUGCUACGUUCACAGCUGUGCUUGUGAAAAUGGUGACAAAAAUUCUGAAUUCAACCAAUUUGUCACAGUGAUCCAUUUUCAUAGCCAGGGGGAAAAGAUGGCGGGUGCCAAAUAGUUGAAAAGCUGUUUGGUGCCUGUGUACAUCCAACCUCCUUCGUCUCUAUGUUGCAGGCAUAUGAAAAGAAGCGUCUCUGCUUCCAUGGUGUUUGUGUCUCUACCAAGUACUCAGGGGGACUCCAAAAGUAAAUGCCUUGAAAAAAUGUCAUCCAUUUACCUCGACAAUUGGGUCUGGUACGAAACGGGCGGUAUCGGGUGUGGGUCAUCCAGAUCAGAAGUGAUGAACAAAUGAUGCUUUUUGUUUGGAUGUGUGCUCAGUUGUGGUGAUCAGACAAAGGAUAUUCCCGUUCCUGCGCUCUCUCACUCUUAUAUAUAUAUAUAUAUAUAUAUAUAUAUAUAUAUAUAUGUAAUACACACACACUCAAUAGUUCAACGAAAUAGCGAUGAAUGGUCCUUUCUAUCUGAUCAUACUUCUAUGGAUGCUGGCUCCAAAUCCUCUUUUUUUUUUUUUUUUUUUUUUUUCUUCAGGAACUGGACUGAUUUGAAUGGAAGGCACUUUAUUUGAGGUAUAUGUACUGUAUGUAGAAAUGCAAAAGAUUUAUUGAUUGACAGGUGAUGUGUCGAUGGCCCAAUCAAAUGUUAAUAUGGACAAACGCAUGAUCUUUUUGUGGUUUCUGAAUCUAGUUUGACAUCUGUGGUGUUGUACAGUAUUUAUUUGUCUGAUUUCUCUUAUUUUUUAAAGCUUUCAAACAUGGUGCACUGGUCGGACUGACAAAUGAAGGCACCGCAUUAAAUUAAAUGGAAAAAGGGAAUAACUCAUUGCUUCAUCCAGCAGCAUCGUGUGUGUGUUUGUGUUGUUGUACUGCAAUGCUCUUUGUUGUUGCAAUUCUGCUGAAGAAAUGUAUAUAAAAAAUAUUGCAUUCA